AUGAGAGCACAUGCACUAUCUACGGUAGAAGGGUACAGUGGCUAUGGAGCUGAACAAGGUGAAAAAUUACUGAGAGCUAAAAUUGCUUCCACUUAUUAUUCAAAUGUUGGAAUAGAGGAAGAUGAUAUAUUUGUUUCGGAUGGUGCAAAAAGUGAUAUAUCACGCCUCCAGGUUCUUUUUGGCUCUGGUGUUACUAUGGCAGUGCAAGACCCUUCAUACCCGGCUUAUGUAGACUCUAGCGUCAUUAUGGGUCAGACUAGGCUGUACCAAGAGGGAUUUGGUUAUGGAAAAAUUGAGUACAUGAAGUGUACUCCCGAGAAUGGUUUCUUUCCGGAUUUAUCUACUGUGUCUCGAACUGAUGUCAUAUUUUUUUGUUCACCUAACAAUCCAACUGGUGCUGCUGCAACAAGGGAUCAACUGACUCGACUGGUGCAGUUUGCAAAGGACAAUGGUUCGAUUAUAGUCUAUGAUUCUGCGUAUGCAAUGUAUAUAUCUGAUGAUAAACCAAGGUCCAUCUUUGAAAUUCCUGGUGCAAAAGAGAUUUAUGCUCUUGUUCUUGAUAUCCUGAAGCCAUGUUUGUUGGCAAAAGGGUUGCCACUUGAUAUGGUUGCUAUUGAGGUUUCAUCAUUUUCCAAAUACGCUGGAUUUACAGGAGUCCGUUUAGGUUGGACAGUGAUUCCCAAGGAGCUUCACUUUUCGGAUGGGUUUCCAGUGGCCAAGGACUUCAAUCGCAUUGUUUGUACUUGCUUCAAUGGUGCAUCUAACAUUGCCCAAGCUGGAGGUCUGGCGUGUCUUUCACCAGAAGGCCUCCAGGCUAUGCAGGAAGUGGUUGGUUUCUAUAAAGAAAAUACCAAAAUCAUUGUCGAAACUUUCACUUCACUUGGUUUUAAUGUUUAUGGGGGGGAAAAUGCACCAUAUGUGUGGGUUCACUUUCCUGGCCAGAACUCAUGGGAUGUUUUCAGUGAAAUUCUUGCGAAGACUCAUGUUGUUACAACCCCUGGCAGUGGUUUUGGACCUGGCGGUGAAGGUUUUGUGAGGGUUAGUGCCUUUGGUCACAGGGCCAAUGUGUUGGAAGCAUGUAGAAGAUUCAAGGAGUUGUACAAGUGA